AUGGAUACGUACAUGUGGGUGGCUGAGCUGAAAUUAGAAACUGCAGCUUCCAUUUCCAAGUUUGCUUCUUUCUCUUUUGAGUUUGGAUAGAAAUUCAGUGUAAAAUUCAUAUGUUUUCAGAACCGCCGGACAACAAUCAUGAUGAGCCUCAGUCUCAGCCUGAGUCGACUCCCAAAUUCAUCGCCUUUGUUCCCAUCAUCCAUGGCUAGGGUUUCUCACUCCCAUGCUCUCAGAUUUUCCAAUUUCCGCUGCAGACCUUUGCCCCGGCACCACCUACUUCCUCCUGCAUCCGCCCGCUCUUCCUCGCCAGCUCUUUACUCCGAACCCAAUUCUAAAGCCCAAGUGUAUGAGGAAAACAUAGAGAAGCUUAUUUAUCGAUGUCGGUUCAUGACCCUACUUGGGGUGUUGGGCUCUUUAAUUGGCUCCAUUCUCUGCUUCAUCAAGGGCUGCACUUUUGUUGUACAAUCUUUUGUAGAAUACAUUGCAAAUCAUGGAAAAGUGAUUAUGCUGCUGGUUGAGGCCAUAGAUGUUUACCUUUUAGGAACAGUGAUGCUGGUGUUUGGGAUGGGUCUGUACGAGCUGUUUGUGAGCAACCUUGGUACAUCAAAUUCACCAUCAGAGGAAAAAAGUGCAUACGCAUCAAAUUUAUUUGGACUAUUCACUCUUAAGGAAAGACCGAAAUGGUUGGAUAUAAAAACAGUGAACGAGCUGAAAACAAAGGUUGGACAUGUAAUAGUGAUGCUUCUUCUAAUUGGUUUGCUUGACAAGUGUAAGAAAGCUUCCAUCAACACUCCCCUGGAUUUGCUCUGCUUCGCCGCGUCUGUCCUCCUCUCGUCCGGUUGCCUCUUUUUACUGUCUAGGCUCACUGACUAACUAAGCUUUUAAAAUAACUCUUUUGUCUGUCCAAAAGCGAUUUGAGCACAUAUGUACCUAAUUUUUCACUUCUGAAUAUAUCUCUCUAUAUAAAUAUAAAUGUUAGCCUUACUAACUUGAGUGCUCA